AUGGUUACCGUAUCGUCAAGAGAAGAGGUGGAUGCCAUAGUGCAAUGCGGGCUGAAACUUCGCUCGACGCACGAAACCAAAAUGAACGCAGUCUCAUCUCGAUCGCACACCGUUUUCACGAUCCACGUAUUUCAGCAAGUUCGAGACACAGAGGAAGUGAUCUACGGGAUGCUCAACAUGGUUGACCUCGCGGGGUCUGAGCGCUUAAAGAAAAGUGAAUCUGACGGUCAGCGUCUCAAGGAGGCAUUGCACAUUAACUCCAGCUUAAGUGCAGUCGGCAAAGUAGUCAUGUCGUUGGAUCCAGAGAGCGGCUACAACUACAUCCCUUACCGAGACUCCAAACUCACGCGUCUUCUGCAGAAUAGUAUCGGAGGGAACUGUUUUACUACUCUUAUUGCCACGAUCCAUCCGAUGAAAGAGCACUACGAAGAGUGCCUUGGUACUUUACAGUUUGCUAACCGUUGUCGGUCACCACGCGUGAAUCACAUCAACGGCACCAUUGCGGACAAGGAUCGGCGUAUCCGAAAACUUCAAGAAGAGCUGAGCAUCUUGCGACGACAGCUGGAGGGAUUGCGCACCGAGUACAACAACAGGUUCGUCGCCACACUAAACGAGCUCGGUUUCCAGGCCGAAGAGAUUUCGGAGAGCGGUGAAAUCAAAUUUGCCGACGGACUGGUACUGAAAUCAGUAUUUGCCGAUGAAGACCAAGGCGAUCAUUUUGCGGCCUCUGCUGAAAACGCUAGAUCCGACCGCGAUCGCUUACGACAAAAGUAUGACAAUGCGAAGAGUAAUUUUACGGUAGUUGUGACUGAAGCCAAGAAGGAUAAGGAGAAUGCGCGGCAAGUCAUUAACGAGCAAAAGCGAAGAAUCGCCACGCUGGAAGGCUGUUUACAGCAGAAAGCGAACGAAUAUGAGCGCGCUUUGGCAUCGGAAGCAGCACGACAUCGAGCAGAAAUGCAAGCGCUUCUCAGCCGAAAUAACCAAGCGCAGCAUGUUGGGGUAGACAGCCAGAACCCUCUCCAGCAGUAUUCGACCUCAACCAUCAACCCAGUAGACGCUUCCGGGACCUCAAAGGAUCGUGAAAAGCAAUUCGAACAGAGACUUCGUCUGCGGGUGGCAUCCUUGCAAAAGGCAAAAGAGAAUGAAAUCGCCCUUAUCCGACAGCAGUAUGAACAGUCUCUGAAAAGCAAGACGGAAGAGCUCAACGAAACAAACGCAAAGCUUCAGCAAAUGCAGCAGACCGCGACGGAGACAAUGGAUAACAUUCGUGAGGACUGCUUGGAGUUGUACACGUACGUUGGGCGGCUAGUUAGCGCUGUUGAUACAAGCCAAAGAACCUUUUCACUGCCAAAAAAUAUUCUGGCGGACCCUACCAAGCUCCGGCACGUCAAGGCCAUUGUACGAGCCGAAUAG